CCAAAGACUGGCUUGACUUCCAUCACCCUUUACGGGGAAGACUUUUCCAGUGGCCGUGAUUCGCUCUUACAGCAGCCACUGGGUCACAUUUUCAAAGGCCCCAUUCACACAUGGAGGACUGUUAUUUUUUUCAUUGUAAGGCAAGUCUUCCUGCAGCUUUUGAGGCCUUUAAGUCUUCUGUGCAGUGGGUUUUUGUUAGAAGUCCUCAAUCUUGGGGUUUCCCAUACGCUGGGGUUUUGGAGAGUUUCUGCAAUUGGGUUGACGAGAUUAAGUGGGGGAAUUGGCAUUUUUGAUUGUGGGACUAUGAAGUGUUUCACAUUCUACUAUGGUGACAAGAAGGAGGAACCAAAGACCUCAAAGUGGACAUCUGUUCAGUCCAACAAUUCCACUUUAACUGAGCAAGAGAUGAAGAGAUUUGCAUCUGAACUAAGUUCUCAAAAUGUCUCAGAUGUUAGCACAGAAUCCUUGGUGAGGCCAACAUUUCCUAGCCUGUCUCAGAGAGUCAGCAAUUUGAGAGUGUUCACAUUCUCUGAGCUAAAGAGUGUCACAAAGAAUUUUAGCCGCUCCACCAUGAUUGGAGAGGGUGGGUUUGGGUGUGUCUAUAAGGGCGUGAUCAAGGGUUCCGAUGAUCCACCAAGUAAGCUUGAUGUUGCUGUGAAACAACUUGGAAAAAGAGGGAUGCAGGGGCACAAGGAAUGGGUAACAGAAGUGAAGGUUCUUGGAGUGGUAGAGCAUCCAAACCUCGUCAAACUGGUGGGCUACUGUGCCGAGGAUGAUGAAAGAGGAAUUCAGCGGCUUCUGAUUUAUGAAUAUAUGCCUAAUGGUAGUGUUGAGAGCCAUUUAUCAAGUCGAUCACAGACACCCCUUUCCUGGGCCAUGAGACUGAAAAUAGCCCAAGAUGCUGCUCAGGGCUUAGCAUAUCUACACGAAGAAAUGGAUUUUCAGAUCAUUUUCAGGGAUUUCAAAUCCUCCAAUAUUUUACUGGAUGAGGAAUGGAAUGCAAAGCUGUCAGACUUUGGAUUGGCCAGGCUGGGCCCCUCAGAAGGAUUAACCCAUGUCUCAACAGCGGUUGUAGGAACCAUGGGAUACGCAGCUCCAGAGUACGUCCAAACAGGUCGCCUCACAUCCAAGAGUGAUGUGUGGAGCUAUGGUGUCUUCAUUUAUGAACUCAUCACAGGCAGGCGACCAUUUGAUAGAAACCGUCCGAAGAGUGAGCAGAAACUCUUGUCAUGGGUAAAGCCAUUUCUAUCAGACAUAAAGAAAUUCAACCUCAUAUUGGACCCAAGGCUUGAAGGAAAUUACCAUCUCAAGUCAGUUCAAAGGCUGGCAAUUGUAGCCAACCGCUGCUUGGUAAGAAACCCAAAAUCACGCCCAAAGAUGAGUGAAGUGUUGGAAAUGGUGAAUCGAAUUGUGGAUGCACCAAGGGAAACCGGAAGUCCUCAACCACCGGUAAAGCGUUUGUUAUCAAUUGAAACUUCUCAGAUCACUGAACUCAAAAAGAAGAGAAAUAUAAAGGAUUUGAGAAUUGGAGAAGGCGGCUGGUUGACUUGGAAGUGGACGUCCAGGCUUGUUAGAACAUGCUGAUGGUAAUAUCUUUGAGCAAAUUCGCCUGGCCGGAUUGUGUAAGAUACAAAGGAUCAUUCUUGACUUGAUGUUAACAACUCUCUUGAAACCCUGUAUGAUUCAAAAUGGAUACUGUAUUAUAUAACAUCAUCUCUCUUCUGAAGGCUUCUCUCCUUGUUAAAAGCGGCGGUGACUUCGUGUGUGCUAACUUUUGAAGAUCCUGAGACAAAAGGUAAUAGAAGGAUUAUGAACUUAGAGAAUUGGAGCAGUUGACAGAUCUGGGAGGAUGCUGAUGUUGAAAUUUAACGAAGCUGCUUGCUUCUAUACUAUAGAAAUUAUCAUUAGAUCUUUGCUUAAGACGCACAGUCAAAUUUCUGUAUAAUUUCAAGAAUACAUGCUGUACUAGAACAGUUUUCCUCUAAUUUUUUUAUCCCACUCAAUAAAUAUAGAAUUCCUCUGAACA